AUGACAGAAUCAACAGAGGACUUGAAAGCCGAUGGCAAUCGUUUUUUUCAACAGGGACGAUAUCAAGAAGCUAUUGAUGCAUACAGUAAAGCGAUCAUUCGUAACCCGCACGUAUCCACCUACUUCACAAAUCGAGCUCUUUGUCAUAUGAAUUUGAAAGCGUGGGCUAAGGCUGCUGAAGACUGUUCCAAAGCUGCAUUCCUGGAUAGAAAUAACGUUAAGGCUUACUACUUCGGUGGACGAGCUGCCAUUCAGCUAGGAAACUAUAAUGAGGCAAUUCGACUCAUUACAAAAGCUAAAGAAUUGGCAAGCAGUCAAAAGAUGAACUUUGGCGACGAAAUUCACGCACAAAUGCGUCUUGCACGCAGGGAGAAAUUUCGAAUGGAAGAAGAAAAACGAGUGAAGGAGGAGGGUGAUCUUCAGAUAUAUCUUCGGAGGCUCAUUGACGAAGAUGUCACGCGGCGAAUAGCCGAACUGCUUUCUGCACAGUUCGCAGCUAAGUCAGAGGUUACCGAAGAGACAGCCGAGAAAAUGGAGCAGAUCUCAUCAGAAGGAGAGCAACAUAAAGCUCAAUUAGACUCACUUUUCGCACAGGUUGAUGACCGACGAAGGAAAAGAGAAAUUCCGGAUUUUCUGUGCGGAAAAAUCUCAUGUGCGUUGCUACAAGAUCCAGUAAUUACUCCAUCGGGUAUCACUUACGAUAGAGCAGACAUUAAACAACAUUUGCAUAGAGUUGGACAUUUCGAUCCCGUCACAAGAGCUCCCCUGACCGAAGCUGAUCUCAUUCCGAACCUUGCCAUGAAGGAGGUACUGGAACACUUUCUUAUCGAAAAUCCGUGGGCUAAAUACGAAGAUCUGCUGAGUUAA